GUUAACGGCUUCGUGAAGAGGACUUGCGACUUACAACAAUAUUGUUCUAAUACUUGAAUAUUCAAGACAAGAUCCAUAAUAUCACAAAUCACAAAGCUGUCCUUUGUUACUUAUUGACUUCUCAUACCCACUUUAUGCAAGAAAAAUAUGGCCACGCAAAAUGACCUCCAGGAACUUAUACGCCUCCUCACGGCGCGUAAAAUGUCCAUGAUGGCAGCAAUGGGACAAGUGAAGGCUCUGCAAUCAAAGAAUCUGCGAAGUAUAGCACAAAUCGCAGAUGCGCCUUUAGCCACAGUUGAGGAAGCUCUCGGUGGCGAUGCGAAGGCAGCAAAGAGUCUUCAUACAGCAUGCAAGAACCAUGAGAAGAAAUCAGGGGCAAAGCGUGGAGCCGACGAUGGUACAGCUCCCGCCGAAGUAAAGAAACCAAAGCUGGAGGCGCACAGACGAGAUCUAGAUUAUGGCUCCAUGUCUGGAGAUGAUCUCGAGGCUUCUCUCGAACUGCCACUAGAAGAAGAGGAAGAAGUCAUUCGAAACACUACCAUUCUGACGAACAGAGCACCUCUUUUCUUGGCCUUUGCUGUUGAGCUGUUGAGGUACACUAUGCCAGAACAGCCCCUGAGCAGCCGAUUGAGUCUGGCGCAAGCAGUUGUAAGUGCCAACUCACGAACAAAAGCCAUCAGCAUAGGUAUCGAAAAGGCACCCCCAGGAGGUGAAGAGAAAGCCCCUGAAGGUCAACCGAAGAUCACUAUCAUGAACCGACCAAUUCCAGUUUUGAAGAGAAGCGGCUAUACUUGGUCAGGAUCUUCUCAACCAGCGUCAUCCAACGCUUCAUCAGUUACGCUCCAGGGGAGUCCACCAAAUACAAGAGGCUGGACUGCAAGUCAGAAGUUGACUUCAAAGGGCUCGGUGUUUAUAGCCCAUGCUAUACCUAUAUCAUCACCUGCUAAACGCUCGGCGGUUUUCAAAUCGCUGAUGGCUGAGAAGCCGGAGCUGGAGACCGCAACUCACAAUGCUUGGGCGAUCCGGACUAGCUUUGGCAACUCACCCCUGAAGCAAGAAGCAUCGUUUGACGACGGCGAGUCGGGUUGUGGAAACUUCUUACUCCAACAACUACGCGAUCUCGAUAUCAGCAAUACGUUGGUUGUGCUUACAAGAUGGUAUGGCGGCGUCAUGCUUGGUCCGGACCGUUGGCGUCUCAUGAAGGAUUGUCUCAACGGCGCCCUAUCAUCUCAAAAGCGCACGUCUAGUUUAAAUGGCGAGCCGGUAUGGGCUCUUAACCUUGAAGACAAGAGCCCUUCAACGUCAACGGUUGGAAUGCCGAUACAUCGACCAGAAGGUGCGCGAAACUACAUCCUUCGAGCAUUCGCGCCAGCAGAUGACAGCGGAAAGAAGACUGUUACAGCAGCCAACGAGGAGAAGCAAGAGAACCUGGGCCGUGUGCUGGGUGCACUACGCUUGUUAUUUGCCAGUUGGGCUGGUAUUCUGAGCCAUGAUGAGUUAGAUAAACGAGCUUGGACUUGGUAUAUGAAUCUUCGACCAGAUGUGGAUGCUGGACCAGCGGGUUGGGGAGCGAAGGGGACGUUAAAUCUGGGAAGGAUAUUGGAUCUGAGGAGAAAGGAGAUUUCGUGAUGUACGUGUACAGUUGCUAAAGGAUGAUGAGUUGGUUGAGAGGACACGAUGCUCUGACGGUAAGAGCUUAGAGUGUUUUGCACAACUGAAGGGCUUGGACCACCUCAUUCAGCUUGAUAUGUAUUGGCUGUACGGAGUAGCGGCGAAGGCAUUCUUGUGAGCAGUACAAGUUAGUGUUGCUAUGCUGUGCAUUUCGGGUUGCUCUAGAGAUGCAGCAAGCUUUAAAUCUAGGGGAUAUGUCAGGCACUUAUAUCCGCGAGGUUGGGGAAUCUCGUAUUUAAUAUGUCCCCCUACCACUCCCU